UUUAGCCAUAGAUUUUCCUCACCGGAAAUCACUCAGCUUGGGAAAGGGAAGCAGUGAACCCUAUAAACCCUAAUUAUUUCGAUAAUAAUCGUCUAGCGAUGGAGGGUUUAGAGAAGUUUUACAGCAAGAUUGUCAAGGAUGCGAAAUCGGCAGCUUCUUCUUCUUCCUCUUCUCUAUCUGAUUUUGCGGACAAUCUAAUGCCGGAGAAACGAGGCACCGCCAACUUGACUUCAUACGAAGGAUCCGGAAUUUUGGUCAACAGACCUCCGAGCGGAGUAUCGGUCUGGACGUGUUCAAAGCUAUGUGCUGUUUUCUUCGUCGCUGGAGUGUUUGUGGGUUAUACGCUCAAGAGACGGGUCCGAAGAUGGGCUUCUAAAUUGCUGAGAAGAAUCAAGGAUGAUUAAACUCUAACCUCUGUUUUGUUUCUCUCUGCGAUUUUGGUACAGAUAGCACAAAUGCAUUAGUCUCUUCUCCUUCUUGAAUGCGUUUCAGUACCAAAAUUACUGUGCUCAAGGCACUUUGUUGUUUAAUCUGCUUCCUCUGUGACUUGUAGCUUCUCGUAAUGGAAAUAGUGGUUGAGUCACCUCUGGAAAGACGCGUAUGUAGUAGUAACUUAUAUUUGUUAUUUUCAUGCCUUUAGGCGGGUCUAUACAAACAUGCAG